AACAGUAAUUUUAAAGAUUAGAAAUUUGAUCCGUAAUUUAUGUAGAAAUUAAAAGAAAUGAAUCAGAAGAACGUCGUUGAGUUGUGUCAUAAGCUAAAUUUUCACUUCCAAGGAAUAGAUCCGUUGAAGAAUCAAUCUCAAUAAGAGCAACCUAUACAAUAAUAUAUAAAUAUCAAUUCAUCGGAUCUCAUGACUCGUACCAACAAACAUAUAAUGUUAUUAUAUCAUCUUAUAUAUAUAUUUUUAUAUAAUCCGCUCCAAUCCAAGCCGACUUUACUUGAUUGAAAAGAGCACAGUAUUCAAUAUCACCAUAUUCCAAUUUCCAAGCUUUCAGAGCAGUUUUGAAACAAAACUCAGAGACCCACUUCCUUAAAACUGGUGUAUUUGCCAUUGAAGGCUAGCUUAAGCUUAGUAUAAAGUAGAGAAUUCAAAACACAGCCGAGGAUAGAUAGAUACACCCCCAAAAGCGCCUACUCUCUCUACAGUCAGUUCCUUAAAAAAAGCAAACUACUUUAGUUUCGCCAAAUUUUGUGUCUUUGGUCAGACCAGUUUGUUGUCUUUCUCUCUCCUUCCCCAUUUUUCUUUCUCUCUUUUUCUUUUUUUCUUUUUUUAAUUUUCUUUUUCUUUUUCCCUCAAAAGAAACUGAACCUCCGAAAAUUAACAUUAUGGAAAAUGAGCAUAAGGAAGUCUCUGCAGCAAUCAUCAACCCCAUUCAGAAUAAAGAGGAAGCCAAGGAAGUGGGCAUUGGAUCCGACGAGCCUGAAGCCCCUUCUCCCUUAACUGUUACUUCCCGGGUUUUGUAUAUGUUGGGUGACAUUGCUGCAGGACCAGCGUAUAGGUUCACCCAAUGGCUGGAACUGGUUCGUAAACGCAGCCACCAAAACCGCUCCUCAGGCUUCCCCAACCGCCCUCUGAGGCUCGAUGAUAUGCCUUCUUGUGCAGGAGAUUCAAUUAAUGAUUCAAAGGGUCCUGGUCAUUCUGAUCAAACGACAGAAAUCAAUCUGUGGGAAAGACUUGGUACAGCUGCAAUGAUGGAUAUCGAAUCAAGCUCUUUCUCUUGGGAUAGGCUUUCUUCACUACAUCACACUGAACACAGUAGCAGUACUGACCAAUCUGAGGAUGAAAUGAACAAAGCCCUCGAGGUUACUGUGAAUUCUGGAGGAGUUGUCUUCUUUGCUCUUUUCAACCAACAUGGAGAUGAUAAUUCUUUUGCGAAUGAAGCAGCAGCUGUUAUAAAGUUCUCAUCAUCAAGGAUGGCUUCACAAUCUGAACGUCUUGGAUAUGAGUUGGCAAAGUGGCUCGGAGUUCGAACUCCUCAGGCCAGGGUCAUCCACAAUUCUGCCCCUGAAUGGCUCCAGAUUAAAGAAGCUGCAGAAAAAGCAAGAGACACAGCAAGCUCAGAAGGAGAUGAAGUUGGUGAAAUGACUUGCUCAGAACUAUUGGAAGCUCUUGAACUUAGUAGAUGCCUUUUCUUAAUGAGUUAUGUCCAUGGAUCACCUUUGCUAGAAAGUUGUAAUGCAUUUGAGAUGAAAGAAACAGCAGAGAAGACAGCAGCCGCCCUUGGUAGGGUGUUCAUGUUGGACCUGAUCAUCAGGAAUGAAGAUAGGCUCCCAUGCCGCCAGCUUAGAUGGCGUGGUAACAGUGCAAAUUUGUUAUUGGCUGAUAAAAUGUCUUCGGCAUACAUGGAUACUUUGGAUGAAGCCUUAGAUUCUGUAAUCAAGCGAUACAUACCAAGAUCACUAAGAGCUCUUCAAAAAGAAAGAAGGGCAACUUCAGUUGAUAGCAGAUUGAAAUCUCAUAAUUCAGUAUUGGUGUCUCAGAACUCUGAUCUUUCUGAUAUCACUGAAUCACCUAAAUCUAGUGAGUUGAGCUUUAAAAGUCAGCUAUCAGAUGGAUCAACGUUUUCUGAUGUCCGAAUUGUGGCUAUUGACUCUGGUGUUCCUCGUCGACCUCCAGUAGGGAAACGUGCAAAUGAUCAGGCAACUUAUCCUAAGUUGGUUGAGUUACUACUCAAUAGUUCUGAGUACUCAUCCAACCUGUUAUUUGACAUAACAAUGGGGAAGUUAGGAUGUUCUUCUUCUGCUCAAAACAAUGACACAAAUGAUGUGAGGUUUGAAAUGGGUUCAGUUGUUCAAGAAUUUCGAAAUGGAUUUCGUGGUGCUCUUAGAGACAUGCAAGGAUUCCAUAUAUUCCUACUCACACUUCACCAAAAACUAGAAAGCUUGUUACGAGUAUUUUGGAAUAUCAUAAGUAAAAUUUCAUCUGGGGAAUCUGACAAAGAGGAUUCAGCAGUUCUUGAGCCACCCUUGCAAGUUGCUGGAAAUGCUCAUUGCCCUUCUCCGCCAAGUAAGGAGCGGUGUAUUCAUGAUAAUCAUUUAGAUUUUUGUGAUUCAGAGCAGAGAAGUGCUACAAGAUCAUCCUCUUCAGGAAAUAAAGAAACCUCAGAUGCAAGUUCUCCAGUUUCACGUGAAGGUUUGCAUGGAAGAUUUUGUAAAGGUAGUGUUGAACGGAAUCUGCGUUUGACAGCAAAGCUCCGAGAUUUCCAGAAAUAUGCAAAGGUUGAUGCUGAAUCAAGUAAAGAAUUAGAGCAAUGGAAUGAAAUGCUAAAGAAUGAUGCAGUCAAGCUCUGCCAAGAAAACAAUUUUAAUACUGGAUUUUUUGAGGGUAGUGAUAAUAAUUGUGCCAUUGAUGCCUACGAAUUGAAGGUGAGACUAGAGCACAUUCUUGAGAGGAUUUCAUUGAUAUCAGAAGCUGCAAAUACUGAGAGGCCAUCAUCAAUCACAAAUAGCUUGUUCAUUGGUGGGGCCCUGGCAGCAAGAUCUGUAUUCACACUGCAACAUUUAGGUAUCACUCAUAUAUUGUGCCUUUGCUCCAAUGAAAUCGGACAGUCAGAUUCUCAAUUUCCUGAUCUAUUCGAGUACAAGAAUUUUUCGAUAAACGACAGCGAAGAUGAAAACAUCAGUAGUAUCUUUGAUGAUGCUUCUGACUUUAUUGAUCAUGUUGAGCAAAAAGGUGGCAAGGUUUUAGUUCAUUGUUUUGAGGGAAGAAGUAGAAGUGCCACAGUGGUGCUUGCAUACCUAAUGCUCAGGAAAAAUUUCAAUUUGCUAGAAGCAUGGAACACACUUAAACGUGUUCAUCGCCGAGCCCAGCCUAAUGAUGGAUUUGCAAAGAACUUACUCAAUCUGGAUAGGAAACUGCAUGGGAAUGUUUCCAUGGAAUGGCAACAGAGAAAACCGAUGAUGAAAGUUUGCCCCAUCUGUGGGAAGAAUGCUGGUCUGAGCAGCAGCUCACUUAAGCUUCACUUGCAGAAAUCUCACAAGAAGCUAUCAUCAGGCAGUGUUGACAGUGCCAUGACAAUGGAAAUUCAAAAGGCUUUGAUGGCAUUACAAAUUAGCCGAGGUGGGAGUGUUAGCCCUACUCAAAGGGUAUCUUGUUCGGAUAUGGAUGAUUAGAAACUCGUGUACACCUUCAACAGAGAUGAUCAAAAGCUUUUACAAAGAACAAAAAAUAUAGAGAAAAAAAAACGAUAAAUUUGAUUUACAUUUGCAAAAUGGUGUUACAACAGGCCUGUCUCUAUUUGCUUGCACAUAACCAUUAACCAUAAAGUGUUAAAAAAUAAAAUUAAUUAUGGAGUUUCAGUGUUUACUUCAUUCAUGUAUGUAAAUAAUGAGGCAUAUUAGAUCAGUGUUGUAAUCAAGAAGCUUUGGCUCAUUAUCUGUAAUGGGGUUUGGCAUAUGAAAAGGAAAUGAACUUGAACGUUCUGUAUUUAAA